UCCUACGAAAACAUCAGCUGUAAAUGUAAGGACGAAGUAUUUUAAAGUAACAAGUGGAUGUUUUGUCCCCAAAAUUGGCUUGAUCGUGUAGAUCGAAAUGGCCGCCGAUUCUCCGAGAAGAACAUCCCGUUUUAACUGCGCAUCAGUGAGGCCCCAAGCUUACAGUGACAAGUCUGUGGUGGAGAGUGUGGUGGACCUGAUUGCUGAUGUGGUACCCCAGGUACAGGCGUACAGCGGUACACAGAAGACAGAUGACAAAGACAAGAUUCUGUGGGUGAAAUUUGAGAGAUGUGAUGUGAAUGAUUUGUCUCACAACCCCAACUUCCACGUGAAUGAGCCGGGAGGUCCUCCGCUGUUGUUGAUCAUCGGCUAUAGUAACGGCGUCCAAAUAUGGCAUGUGACGAGCAAUGGAGAGGCACAGGAAGUGGUGUCGCUCCGACAGGGACCAGUGAGGAUACUACGGGUUUUACCAACACCUGAACCAGUGUUUGCAGAUAUUGACUCCUUCGGUGGAAAGCGACCCCUGUUUGCCAUGUGUGACUCCUCAAGUGCUGGUCAGCCUUUCUGUAGUGUGAAGCUAGUCUCACUGAGAUCGGGAGACGAGGUCCACCACAUCUCCUUCAAGACACUGCCAGUCCUCAACAUAGAGUGUAACAAAAGGUUCCUUGUGGUUGUGUUUCAAGAGAAGCUGGCAGUGUAUGAGACGUGUCAGUUCCGCGAGCUGUUCUGGGUGUCAGAUGUGGACUCGGACCAUCAGACAUCCGCGGAAGCCUUGGCGAAGCUGGUGUCGAUGCACCAGUCGUGUGGUGGGAUGUCAGGAGACGGAGCCCAGUCUUACGCUGCCACAGUCAUCAGUGCAGCCAAGGGAGCGUUCAAGGGCCUGACGAUGUUUGGGGAAGCCAUGAUGAGCAGCGUGACCGGCAACAAGACUGCACCGAGUGCCAAGAAAGGGGAGACAACUUCCCAAGUUGACAACAACUACAGGCCGGGGAUUGUGUCCGUCAUUGACAUGCAGACUGUAACAGGCAGCCAUUUCCAUGUGAACGAUGAUCAAGACUGUGAUGGUCUGAUUGCACACUUCCAUGCACAUGCUAACGAGCCGGUUGCUGCUAUGGGCUUUGAUCAAAGCGGGACACUGCUCCUGACUGCUUGUAAACUGGGACACAACUUUCAUAUCUUCCGCCUGAUGGCCCACCCCUGUAGCUCCUCACUUGGGGCAGUUCAUCAUCUGUAUACACUACACAGAGGAUACCACAGCAAAGAUACCACAGCAAAGGUCAUUGACAUCACCUUCACCCUUGACACUCGCUGGGUUGCCGUGACAACACAUAGGGGAACAACCCAUGUGUUCCCUAUCACCCCAUAUGGAGGUGCUGUGAGCAUGAGAACCCACUGCAGCCCUCGAGUGGUCAACAGGAUGAGCCGCUUUCACAAGAGUGCUGGUCUGGAUGAGAUUGACCAUGCCUCCCCCGGACGUCGAAGUCCGGUGUUGUCUGGCAGCCCUGGCUCGUCAGGGAUUCCAGACCAGUACCCAACCCUGAUCCGACACAACGCCCUGAACAACAACAUGGGUAACCCCCGCCUACCCCCCUACCCCCACCCCACAACCAUCUACCCUCUGGCGCAGCUCAAACAACAGCUCAGCCUGCCAGGGAUCGGUCCUGGCGUGGGGACAGGGGGCAGGCAGCAGAGCCCCACCCAUGCCACCAGUAGUGACAGCAUGUUCAGUGUGGCCGCUUUCUUUGCUGUACCCAGGGUCUCAUCCAUUGGGACACAGAAUCUCACUGUGGAGAGGAGAGAGGGUACAAAGAAGCCAGCUGAGUCCCUGUUUGUUAUGGGGCAGCAUGGGAGUCUGAUCGAGUACAGUCUAGAACCCCGGGCUCGGCCUGGAGGAGACAGGGUAGCAGACGACAGUCCUCUAGAUCUGGGUGUGGCUGGCAGACUGCAGUGGUUGUUACAGAGAACAAAAACAUCGACAGAAGUGAAGCCCCAGCAGCCCAGCAAUCCUCUUGUGGUGGCCAGUGAAGCUGUGGUCAGUCAGCAGCCCACCCUCUUCCCAGACAUGUCUGAAAUGGAUCCAGUAUCUCGCCAUGACUCCAGAGACAGUCUCUCCUCUGAUCACAGCACAAAGGAUGACCUUGACGAACAAUGGCUUUCCCAGGUGGAAAUCAUCACCCAUGUCGGGCCCCACAGGAGGUUGUGGAUGGGCCCCCAGUUCUCCUUCAAGACCUACCAGAACACGACCACUCUGUCCUCGACGUCCUCUGCCCUCCUGUCCCAGAGUCCCGAGACACAGGCUCAUGUGUCUGGGAUGGACAUAGCUGCAGACGAGUGUGAUCUUGAAAGUCUCAAAAUCCAUCAAGCCAGGUCUAGCCCUGUGGCCAUCUCGAUGACCAGGCCGGCCUACAGACGAUCCUCCACCACGGACUACAGCCCAUCUCCUGGCCGCACACACACUGCUGGGGCUCUCCUUAUAGAAGCAGGAAGUUUUGACCAGUCUCCGAAUCUGAGUGAUGUUCUGUGCGGGUGGGCGGAGUCGAACCUGGUCCGCCAGCCCCGGAGCAGUGAAGAGGAGGAAGAUCGUCUCCGUGAGACAUUGGCCGACGCCAUGGUGGAAUCUCCUGUCAAAGACUGUGGACCCACCAGCAUGAGGGAAGAUGUGUUCCAUGGCAGCAAUGAGACACUCAGUACUAGUUCUGGGUCCAGCGGAUGUCCACUGCCUCCUCGAGGACUCGCAGAAACCGGACUGGACAUGUUUCCAGGGGGUGGUUCCGGCUCCCCAGACCUUCUUGGCUGACCGGUGGACACUCAUCUCCCUGAAGGCUGUCCACACGACCGGGGCUACUCUGUUUCCCUGAUGUUCUAGAACAGCUAUAAUGUGGUCUAUGGUGAUUCAAGUACUAGCUUUCUGUCUUCGAAAUAAGUAGUCCUUGUCAUUUAAGGCUUUAGUGUUUAUACCUUGACGCAGUCUCAAUGUGUCUUUUGCCAAUGUGAUGGUAAAUCAGUAUCUCUGAAUUGAAGGAUACCUUUGCUUGAAUAAUGAAAUUUAAGAGUGAAACUUGAAGGAUCCUUCUCAUAACCUAAUUUUAAACAUUGAACUUAUAGGUGGUCUAUCGAUUCAGUGGUAUUCCUGAAAGUCUCAGCCAUCCAAAGAUUUGCUUUAAUGUUAAUAUUCUUUUGUGGUAACUUUAUGGUUUUGACAGAAACUUAUCCCAUGCUUGUCGUAAGAGGCGACUAACGGGAUCGGGUGGUCAGGCUCGCUGACUUGGUUGACAAAUGUCAUCAUAUCCAAAUUGCGUAGA